AGGACAGCCUUUAAAGUUGAGCAGAUAAUCUAAAAUACUCUGUAAAGUUGCUAAGUGCUUUUAUUCAGCUAAGAUCCUGAGCGGUGCAUGUCACUUAACCCAGUGACUCUACAAACUGGUCAUAAAAUGCCCAUGGACUCGCUACAGUAAGUGAUAACUUCAAGUAUUAUAUCUUUUUUGUUGUUUAUCUGCUAUUGAAACAUAUAUUACUUCUCUUUUUUCGAUGUCUAAGUAUCACGUUACAACUUAAAACCAGAGAACCAACCACAAUUUUUUUGUUUUUGUUUUUAAUUAAUUCAUUUAUUUUUUUACACUUACUGUUUGGAGGGAAGCUAGGGGUCUGUGUAGCCCGUGUAACUGUUUGUUUAGCACUGCUAAGCGUUUGGUAAAGUUAACUCAAAUUGCUAGUAGCAUAUUUUAGCAAACAUGUUGAUUUCUCUUGACAGAAUACAGUAAUCAUUACAUUUAAAAUGUUUUCAUAUACGUAGGUCGUAUAGUAUCUUGCAUAGUCUUUUUUGUGUGUGUGUGACAUAGGUGAAUAAAGACCCAUUAAUGCUCUCAUUAAUGAUUCCCAAAAUAUUGAUCACAACACAAAAAGCAAAUAUGUUCAUUUGCCAAAAAAGAAGAUGAUAAUUAACAGUAGUUUUUGUUUAAAAAUUCUAGUUAUCGUCCCUUGUAAAAUGUAUUAACAUAAGUUUAGGGCUAACGAUGCCAGGUAGAUAAUUAUGGCAUUAUAUAACAAUACUAUUACACUAAUAUUCAGUUUAACAUAUUUGAGGGGCAUCUCCUGAAUUUAGUAAUUAAAUAAGUUGUGAUUUUGUUACUGUGGCCAAAAUUGCACAUUAUUUGGCUGAACUAAUUAUUAUUAUUUUUUUAAUUGAAUUUUCUAUAAUUUCUAAAUUUAGAAAGUGUGUUAGACUAAGGAGUUUAUUCACUAAGUUGUGAAGUGCGAUGAAUGGAAAGACAGAUUUGCAUAUUAUGUCCAAAAUAGCUGGGAUGGAAACUUUCUGAAAUACUACUGAAUUCUCCAGUUGGCUAAUUUGGGCUAAAAAUUGUAAAUUCUGUAUUUAUAGUCAGUUUGCUAUUUAGUGAAUACAUUGCCCUGAACUACCACAAUUUGUAGAAUUAAAGAGUUGAACGGCCUUAUUUUACAGUAAAGCUUUUAUUUUAAGAACGACGGUGUACAUCUAAAUAGUUGUAGACAUUACCAUCAACAACAGAGAGAAUUAGGCGUUAUGGAUUCUUGGUUUGUUGGUUCCUAUGGUUUGUCUCUGUAAUUAAAAGGUAUUUUAAAAGCUGUGCUACCUUUUGCCAAGAGAAAUAUCUCCAUAUAGAGUUCAAUGCCAUGUUGAGCAAGACACUUCUCUGGGAUGCCCAGUUUACUCACUGUUAGUGCAUUCCUAGAACACGAUCAUCAUUAUACCACCCACAUCAUGGUCUGUUAGUGGCCUCCUUUAGAAAUGAGAACCAAAGAUGCCAAUCUGUCACAACAGUAGCAUUAAAGGGUUAAGCCAAAAUCAUCACUUUUUGAUCAUAAAAUAACUUUUUUUUUGCACUGUACCAUAUCACGCGUGGCUCAUAUGAAUAACGUCUGUAAACUUAACAGGCACCACUGUGAAUGUUUAAAUAUUUUAUGAUGGUCGUUUGUGCUAUCACCAGAAAUAUUAUCUUUGGUCGGGGAAAGAGUUGAUGUGAUAAGAUUUCAGCUAAUCCAAGGGUUUUGUGACUGCAGGGCCUACAGCUGCCUUCAAGCUGCAACCCUCAUCAAUUACAGCCAGGCGUUGAAGUGCAUUAACAGCUAAUUGACUUACAGUUGUCUAGACCAGGUUUACAGGCAUGUGAAAAAUCAAUAAACAAAAAAUUAUUUUGACGCCCCCUGGAGGCCAAUUUGGAAUGUAAACUAAAUGGGUUUUUUAGGUUAUAUAUAUAAAAAAAACAAUAACUAGUGUAUUGACAGCAAAAUUGCAAAGUCUAGGCUAAAACAGUUGAAAAAAUAGUUUGGCAAUUUCUUCAAACCGACUAUUUUGCCUAAAUUUAUAAUCCCACUGUAAAUUCAGAUCAUAUUGGUGUUUAGAGAAUAAAAGCAUAAACAAAGUUUGAAAAGUCAGAAUUUCAAAUUUUAGGACAAAACAGAUUAAUUGAAACACAGGUGAGCUGAAUAAUUUAUAUUUGCCCAAUUUGACUACCAGGGCCUAACAUUUUAAAUUCACUUUCAAUUCCUGAACUUUAAACAUUUAUAUGUCCAUUUGCUCUGGAUAAACAGGACGUUAUUAUAGCACCUUAUAUGCCAUUUGUGUUUCUGAUGUGCUGAGAGCUAUGAAGGUUCAUAUGUCCUGGUGUAUUAUCUGUAAUUCAAAAUAUAAAUUAAAUUUUAAAAAAUGUUGAAAAAUAAUAUAUAUUUUUUUUAAAUUCACUAUUAUCCACCACUAAGUCCAUUCAAACUGUUACAAACUUAAGUGGUCGCCUUGAAAAUGCCAAAUAUUCAGUGAAUUUGAAAAUGUUUCAAAAAUAAUUUCUCCAAGUCAACUAUGUUUAUAUUUUGAUUUGGCUACUUUACCCUACAAUUUGAAAUUCAUCAAGUUACUUUGAAUUCCAUAGAAUGCCCAGUUUAGUGCGUUACCUUGUAGGAAGGUUGAUUUCAUAAGAAAAAUAAACACUAUGUUAGGUGAGUUAAGGAAUCAGGUGGAUCUGUACACGGAGUAUAGAAAAACGUUUUCAUUGGCAGGUUGUUGUUCCACUGACUUGAUACUAUUUCAAAGCCCCUUAGGGGCCUCCGGAAUUCCACGAGUUGUGGAUUACAUCUCCCCUGAUGCUUUGGAAGAGUUGUGGCUGUAAGAGUAUUAUGAGAUAUGUAGUCCACACCGUCUGGCAUGCUGAAGGUUGCCUACCCCUGACUGGUGCCAUGAAAACAAUAUGGUCUUUGUAACUUUACAUUUUGUAAUAUGGUCUUCAAUCAACAGACAUUUUUUAAAAUUAAAAUAUCUUUUGCUUGGCCAGUAUUACAAAAAAUUGGUCUCUUGUGUUAACAUAAUUUUUGUCGCUGUUAUUAAACUAUUGAGGAUGAUCGGUAAACUAUUAAAGACUAACACAAAAUUGUUGAAUAGACACAAUAACUAAAAAAAAAAAAAACACUUUGAGAAUUAAAUGAUGCAGGAACACCAUGGUAGCAUCCCCUCCUCCUCCAAGUCCCAAGUGUUGACUGUUAGCUUGUAUAUCUGUGGUUUUGCUAUCUCCUCUUAAUUUAGAGUUGAGCGAAGGUGCUGUCUGCUAUUUCCUAUGGAGUUCAGCAAGCUGUUGUAAAUUUAGACAUAGUAAAAAAUAUAUAUAUUGUAGAGAUGUUGCUUCUUGUGGAGGUGAUAAGGUUUAAUGUCAGUGUGGUAAAACAGAAUUAUUUUAGGUCUUAAUUUGCUUUCCCUCAAUUCAUAACAUGCUCCCCCGAGGGCCAUCAUACAUGAAGACUGAGAGCUAAUGUGGGCAACUGGAAUAUUUGUAACCCAUGACCUAGUGUUUCGAGGAGGGUUGACACACAUGGCUUAGACAGACUCCCUCAUGCAAGGCCCAGUGGAAGUUUCCAUAAGCAGACUCAAUGGUCUCCAGUGCUGUUACUGACUAAUGAAAAUAUCAUGUAUUCUUAGAAAACGGAACCUAAAUGUUUAAGUCAUCACUGAGCUGUGAAGGGCCUUAACCCAUCAGGUGCUGGAGAGGUCAGCAACUCCAGCAACGUAUGGGUUCAUUAUAUGGAACGGUCUGUUACGACUUAUUGAGAGUCCUUCAAAAACACUCUGGGACUCAUUUAAAAACCACAAAUUCCCCCUAUGUUUUCGACAAUACCAAUAGCUCUAAAGCAGGGCAAAAUGCCCAACAAUGUAAAAUGUUACUCAUCGUUCCCUGUUAUUAUUAGGCAAAAGGGUAACAGUACAACACAGACAGACAUGUGACUCUUCAUACAUUGCGCUACAUCCCAUGAUACAAAAAGGGGAGGGCGGUGUGGGGGCUGGGGGGAAGAGGAGAGAUAUUUCUAAAUAAAAAGUGGGGUUGGGUUUCUGAACUAAAAUUAAAGGAGCAAGACAAAAUGAGAUUGGAGACAAUUGUGAAAAAGGUGGGAAUAAAACAGGAUGGGAAAAAAUGGAUUGGGAGAACUGGUGUGAUUAAUGAAAAAAAAGUGGGAAUAAAAAAAGGUAGAGAGCUGGAAUAAUAGGAGACAAAGAGUUGGAAUAGAGAAGGUAUUAGAGAGAGCUGGAACCAAAAGAAAAAAAAGAGGGAAUAAAGGGGGGGGAGGUUGAGACAUGAAAUUAAAGAAGGACAAAAAGUGUGGACAGGAUAUUGAGAGCACUAUGGCACUUUAAAGAAUGGUUGAGGGUAUGAAUGAUCAAAGAAGCACUGGAUAGUAAUACAUGUUUGGUGCAGUAGGGAUAUAUUCAGACAACAGAGAAUUGUUCUGCUCUGUUAAAGGAGGUUGAGAUAACAUUUCAAAAUUCCAGUGCAUUAGAUGCGGUGAUAACAAACCGCAUUUACCUGUGAUUUACAGUGUAUAUUUCACAUACAGUUAUUUACAUACUGUUAGAUACACAGUGACCAAUUCCACUAUAUAGAUUUGUUAAAGUAGAAGUAACUAGUUAUUGUACCUGGUCACAUUGAUAGGGCUCCGAUUUCCACAAAGCUGGCAAUACAAGCAGAUUUUACCCUAGUUACUCCACUACAUUUUUCUGAUCCGUCUAAAUUGUGCCAGUCCUAUGAAUGUUACUCAUCAGAACACAAAAAAAGAGAUGUAUAACUCAACCCUAACUAAAAUUGUAUAACUUACACUCAGCCAAAAACAACCAAUCGUAACCGAACUAUGAUUAUUAUUAUAUGUUUUACCAAACUACUGUUAAACACCAUAUACAUGGUGAAUUGUUCAUACCUGACCGAAAAAGGUCGGCAUGUAAUUAAUGGUAGAAAACUACCACCGUUAUUACUAAUUAAUAUGUGUACAAAAUGUUUCUUUGUCACGCAUUUUUUCCUGCUGUAAUCUGUGUUAAUCACAAAAAAAGAGAGAUGUAUAAUAUAGUGCAAUAUAUAUAUUACACUACGUUCUGUGUUUUCUUUUUUCACGUUUAUAAAUUAUUAUGUGGGUUUUAGAUUUGUGUAAGGCAGAAUGUAAAACAAUGCUUAAUCAGCAGUAUAUUUUAACUGAAUUAAUCAUAACAUGUACCCAGCUUUGUUUUGAUGCUUGUUUGUUUAAGAUAUGUCCUUAAUUUAAUAUUUUUGGAUAAGAUUUUCAAAUAAUUUAAAUUUGAAAAUAUAUUUUAAUAUGUGGAUAAACUAAUUUUAUUUUUUUUUUUUUUUUUUUUUAAAUUCUUUAUUUUUGUGUGCAAGAUUUCACAAAUGAGCCGUGGUGCCACAAUAGCAGUCACGUACACAAUUACAACAUAUAUUUCACAUAUGGCACAUUAAUGUCUGCACAAUUUUUAUAAUGGUAAUAGUAGAGUAUUAAGCUUAGGCAAGUGGUGCUCCUGUUAUAAUCAUCGCCAGUAUUGACAGAUUUGACAGUGGGAGCAUGAACACAGGUAUAUUUUAGGUUACAUUUGGUUUCACUGAGAUUUGCCUGGUUAAUAGUUACACGUGUAUAGGUUCUAAGCAAAUGGUUGUAUGGUUUCUAGCGUAUCGCUUGGGUAAAGUGGUUUAACUCUAGCUUGGUCUACCUCGGGCGCCAUCAUAGAUUGUGUGGUGUUAGUCUGCCUUCACUUUCCUGGACAGGUCUGGGGUCUUCUUGGUUAGUAUCAGAUGAGUUUGUCAGGGCUUGUGUGUACUGUAGUUGUCAGCGGUAGUGCGUGUCUGUCUUGAGUAGUGUCUUGGGUUGUGCAUAUGUGUGUCUCUGCCUAUUUUGUGCUGGUUUGUUGCUGUGUUAGUCCUGGUGUCUGUGCGUCUGUUGGUACCGUUUUGUUUAAUUAUGUGUAACACUGGAGUAGCGUCUAAGUGUCCAACAUAGUGUCCAGAAAAAGCGUCUAGCCUUUGAAUUGGGCAUAUAGUGUCUCUGGGGACCCGGUAGAAAAGACCCGGCAGGCUUCUUUCGUAGCCGUGUACACUCCUGUGGGUCUGCGGCUCGUGGGUUGAGUGCUUUCUUUGAAGGCUGCAUAGGUGCUGGCAUGGAACCCAGUAUGUCGCUUCCUCCUGUGCUUUCGGGUCCGCCGCGACUGGAGCAGACGUUCGAGGUUGAAGCUUCUGGGCGGCUGCAGUCUGUGAGUGCUUGUGCAAUAAGGUUGCAUGGUGUGUGUACCACUGGCGUCCGGGGAGAAUUUCCUCGAUUCCCGCUCUUUGUCUACCGACAUACAGCUGCUUGUCGGUGUUUCUCGUAGCUUAGGGUAGGUUGUUGGUUUGCGGGCUGCCAGCCAGUACUUCCACCUCAUGGUCCCUGCAGGACUCGGUGGGACAUUCUUUGUUUGCCCAUGAGGUUGCACGCUGUCCGCCAUUUUGGAGCGCUCCGUCCAGUUUGUGCUCAGCGGCCCUGUUUGCGCUUGGGCUCGGCAGACGACAUUGGUGGUCGCCCGUGGGGACCGGGAUAACCCCCACCGGUCCAAAGGGGGGGGGGGAUCGCAGGACGCUGUUCGGAGACCCGGGGGGGCGGCCGUCCCUCCCCGGCUCAAGCUCUCGUAGGCCCCAGGCCUUGGUCGGGUUACUCCGGUGCUGUACCAUAUUAUGUGUGGUACCAUCUUGUGUGUCCCCAUCUUGUGGACAGUUUGGGGUCCAAUUGGAGUUGGUAGCGGCAUGUGGCACCGAGUUGGCUCCGAUUUUCUGGCCCAGAUCCUGGAGCUCAGACGAGACACGUCUGAUCUGUUCAGCAGUCAGGCUCCGCCCCUCAUCUAAUUUUAUUUUUAACAUAUGUUGAUGUUUUUCUAUAUUUAGAUUUUUUUUUUUUUUUUUUAAAGUGUAUUAAAAAAUGUUAAAUCAUUUGAACAGCUUAUCCUUAAAUAUUAAAUCGAGACCUAUGUUGGACUUUUUUUUAAGUGUAAAGAAAUUACACCUCUUGUCAGCAGUGUUUGUGAUGUGUGUGAUUUCAAUUGAAUAUACAUAUAUGACUAUAUUAAAUUAUAUAUGAAAUCAUAACAAAUUGUUAAUCUUAUUUGCAAUAGAUUACGGAGAUAUACUUUUCACAAAAUUCUAUUGAGAACCCACUAAGGAAUAUAAACUGCAUGCCUCAAGAUGCUUAAUUUAGUCAUUUUGCUGAUUUAUAUCAGAACAUUGUAACAGCUUAAAGUCACAGAGGAAAUGAGUUUGACACCGACUACAACACAUUUAGAAGGAAGACAAGUGCUAGAGCUACAGGGUGGAAAAAAAUAUUAAAAUAAUACAUUUUAAAUAUAAUGAUUCUGUGUAUAAAUCACAUAUCAUAAAUACUAAGUGUCGAGGUUGUCUAUUGUUUGUAACAAUAACAAAAAGCCAAACAAACAAGAAAAAACACACUGUGCAACAUGUGAUAAUAUAAACUAUUAAAGUGACUUGAUUAUUCAUGUAUAAGGUAGUUAAGUUAUAAUUAACAAAAUAAAUUCCCUUUAGCAUUGAUCCCCCCCACCUCGCAAUACACCAUGACAACCUGCAUUCCCGACACUAAUUUAUUAAGUAAACAUAAGAUUUAGGAUUUUUUUUAAAUGUCUGAUAUCGUGCUGACUAUUUUUUUGUUUGUUUUUUUCCCCUUAGAUUUGAUAGUGUGCCAUUUAACGGUGGGGUAAGUGUCUUUAUUUUAAAUUUCAAGCUUGGUCCGUGGAUUUGUACACUUGAUGUCUAUGGCUUUUAUAUUAUUGUGUGUUCUUGCAAAGGCCUCUCGCUUUAGACAGCUGACUGCUAGAUAGCCAUCAUUGCGUGUAACUUUCUGGAGACAGGAAAUUCAUCGAAAAGAUAUCACUUCCACCUACAUCAAGUCUUCCCCACCCUUAACCUCCCUGUUAUCAGUGUCACUGCGAAGCCUGACUAUUACAUUGAAUGAUGAAUUCACAGUAAUGAGUAGGCUAUAAUGUUAAUAACGUAUUUUAUAGGGCAAACCCUUUAAAAUAAUAAAGCUGUAAGUCUUCCAAGGCAGGUUAUGAAUGCCGAUGCAGAAAGAGGUUUCAUAAUACAUCUAUGUUACGAUCAUUUUUGAUAAUUAUAAAGCGCCAACAAAUUCCGCAGCUUUGUAUGAUAUUUAUCUAUCUAAAUAUCUAAACUGCUAUCUAUGGUCUGCCUAUAGUACAAAUCACUUUUUUAAAGUCAAGUUAAAAAAGUCAAAGAUAAAUAGGGAAUUGCAGUAGUCAUACGCUAUUUGUUGGCUGAGAACCAUGAGAGUUUCAGUCCACAGCACCUGAAAGGCAGGUAUACUCCAAGUCCAACUUAUCUCUAAGCCCCCUUAACUCCUACCCCCAACACUCUCUCAUUUUACCCCAAACCUAAACCUCUCCUAACUCCGAAAGGUUACCGACCUUAAACUGACCUUAUCGGUGUCCUUUUUAAUGCUACAAAUUACUUUGUGGAGGUUUUACGGUGCUAUUUUCAUAGAGCUGCAUCAUUGUUAAGUAAGCCUACUCAUUAUGGACAAAAGACGUGUCUUUUUAAGGUGAAUUGUUAGAGGAGUGGGAUUAAAGUGUACCAACGGCAAUAACUGGCCUAGAAACUCUAUCUCAAGGCCAAUCCAAGCACGCUUGAAUACCUUUACUGUAAUAAAAUUUACUAUUUCCAUUGGAAGUCUACUCCAUGCGUCCACUACCUUUUUAGUGAAGUGGCAAUUUCUCAUAUUCCUCCCACGUCAAAAUGCUAAUCUCUUGAACAUUUCCGUAAUCCUUUAUUGUUUUGUUUUCAAGGUUAGGAGUUUCAGCUUCCCAAAACCUGAUUGUUGAACUUUUUAGAAAAUAGUUAAUUCCCGUGUAUUUUAGCAAAAGCAUUUUCUGUUUUGUAAGCUUCUAGCCUGAAUCCACUAAUGGGAAAAAAUACUAACUAAAAUUCCUCUCUCUUCUCCUAGUACUCGGAUACAAUUUUCCACUGCUUGGAGUCUUUUCCAAAAUAUCCCAAUAACUUCUCUCAAAUAAAUGAACCCGAGUCUCACACAGGUAAGUUCUACUGCUCACUUAGAUUUCUGUAAUUGUUAAAUAUGUCAUUAUAGAAACAGCAAAAUAAAAAUCAAUGUUUUCUGAACGUUUUCUGUAGAUUUCUGAGUUUCUAGACCCGCCAACUUUAGCAAGCUGGAUAUCAGGAAACAGGGGGGAUAAAAGGGGGCAUGGAUAGCCGGUGGGCACACAAAGUGGGGGCACCAUUCUGGCAUACAUUAGCGCCAGGGUGAUAGGAUGCUGGGCAGAGCAACCAAUCAGGGCUGCCGAUACACUGCCCACAUCACUCAUGUAUGGACUUAUAUUCCCUGGAUUUCAUUACAAGCUCGAGGACAGUGUGUUAAACUCUGCGCAUUUCAACACUUGCCAAUAGGCUUAAAAUUCUUAUUUAUUUCCGAAUCAUUAAAAUCAGUAACAAUUUAUUUUACCGUCUAAGAAUACCAGCUUCACCAGGUUUAGCAGGACAUAUGUCACUUAUACAGAUAAAUGGGCAACAUAUGGAGAGUGCCGAGUUUUAGUAUGUGGAAAUCACAUGCUGCAGGUAGUAAAUCAGGUGAUAAGUCAAUCAGUAAUCCUACAGGAUGUAAAAUGCACAUACUAUAGGGCAACGUUUUCAUAUGUCGUCAAUCAGCAUGAUAAUAUUUUGUGUCCAGGAAACAUGGUGUUUAUGGCAACCAUAACCACACACAAGGAAACAGAUCUUACACGAUUUUGCCAUAGGGCUUAGUCACAGAUCCGGAGAGAUCAUCAGUCUGUAGUUUCCCUCAUUUUAGCCAACUCUGAGCGGAAGAUCCGGGCUGUUGAAACAGGAGGACUGAGGGAAGGUCAGGCAUCACACCCAGGAACUGGAAUCCCUUCACUAAAUUCCCAUGGGAUCUGUAGCCCCGAUCCCUUUACUGAAAUCCCCCAUGGGAUCUAUAGCCCUGAUCCCUUUACUGAAACCCUCAGGGGUUUUACAGCCCCGAUCCUUUACUGAAACCCUUAGGGUAUCUAAAGCUCCUACCCCUUUACUGAGACCCGAAAGGGAUCUAUAGCAAAGAGCCCUUUACUGAAAAGGCCCUUUGGUAAUUCUCUGCUUUACAUCCAACUUAAAAAAUAUCUUCCUUGGCAAAGAUUCAGGGUAAGCUGGAAAGAUUGUACAAAAAAAUGUAGAAAAUAAUGACUUUUGCCACCUGGGCCAAAUACAGUAUGUCUUGUGAUGGAAAAUAGAAACUAAAGUUCUAUAGAGGGGGAUGCCCGACUUGUCUGUGAUUACCAUCUGAGUGACUAUUACUCAUCACUACUUGGUCAUAAAAAAAUAAUAUGCUACCCAAAAGGCAGAUGAUAUUAAUUCUCUAUUACACAGUUAAUGAGCCCAGUAUCAAGGAAUAGUAAGCAGGAACAAUGAAAAAACAGCUUUAAUAACCUCUAUAAAUCUAUCUGUAGAUUGGUCAGAGUUUAAUUCUGAUUGUGAAGGAGUCCGUGUUAUCUCCACACUGGGACUUAUCUAGGUUGCCACAUGUUAUCUCCACACUGGGAAUCCUAAGUCUAUAGAGUGUCUCAGUAUCUUACAUAUAUUUAAUUAUUUUCUUCUUUGAAAAAUAAUGUAGCCUCACAAGUUGUAGUCACCCUCAUAUAUAAGAUCAAUGAUUGCGCCGUUAUUUAGAUAUUUCAAGCUCAAUAUAGAUUACUUUUAAUUUUUUUAAAAAUGUUAUUAAAAAAAAAGAGCAAUUCAUUGAAAGCGGAUUUGCCUGGUUGCGAUGGUUUAUUGCCCUGAAUCUGACUCACCUUGUCUCCUAAUCUCAUGCCUGUUAGUAAAAACACAAAGUCAUUGUCAGCCCCAUAGAUGUCAUGCAAAUAUUCCUCUCGGGAAUUUGCAAAAAUAGUGCAUGGAGAACGGGACCUGGCUCUGCGUCAGCUCUUUAAAAACAAAGGGUUUGCUGUCCUGACCCACUGUGUUGACCCAUAUCUUUUUGUUUAAGAAAUCCAUAACUGUAGUGGUAUUGUCUAUGAACAUGCUUAUAACUUAUUUUUGGCUUAGCUCCUUCAUUGUUGGAGGGUAUUGUGUGACAUUUAUUCAAAGAUGACAGAACUGACUGUCACCUGGUGUUCUGGGUAUUUUGUGAUCAAUAAUAAACUGGUUUUUAGUAAACUCUCGUUCUAGCGAUAUUUUUUAACAUAUUGCUUUAUAGCAACCAGUUCCAUGUACAUGGACAUCUUUUAUUAUUAUUUUUCUUCUGUUUUACCAUUUAUCCUGUGUUAUUUUCUCAAUCAGGAUAAGAAUACCUAUACCGUAUAUAUUUCCUCUGGACAUUCCAGCAUACCGAUGUUUGAAACAUAAGAUUACAUUCUGUUUACUCUAUAUUUAUCCAUUUUAAUUCAUCUGCUUUAUAAGCUCCUGCAAAUUCUGCACUAUUUUAUAUAGUGCAACACAUUAUUCGCAUUGUUUUUAUAGUUUUUUUUGGUGAAUCCCUAUAUCAUUUAAUUUUUAGACCUUUUUCCUGUCUGUCUUAUUCCCUCUUUCUUCUGUAUAUUCUAUUUUUAGGUAUCAGAAUAUUUGCACUUUGUAUUGUGAUCAAAGAUCGUGCUACAAUAUAAAAAGAUUUUAAACUUGCCUUUUAAGCUCUUUAAAGGACCACUCUAGGCACCCAGACCACUUCAGCUUAAUUAAGUGGUCUGGGUGCCUGGUCCAGCUAGGGUUAACCCAUUUUUUUAUAAACAUAGCAGUUUCAGAGAAACUGCUAUGUUUAUAAAUAGGUUAAUCCGGCCUCUAAAGCCUCUAAUGGGUGUCUCAUUGACAGUCGCUAGAGGCGUUUGCGUGCUUCUCACUGUGAAAAUACCAUUCCACUGUGAAAAUCACAGUGAGAAGACGCAAGCGUCCAUAGGAAAGCAUUGUAAAUGCUUUCUUAUGAGACUGGCUGAAUGUGCGCGCAGCUCCUGCCGCGCAUGCAGCCGAAGAGGAGGAGAGGAGGCGGAGAGGAGGAGGUUAGCUCCCCGCCCGGCGCUGGAGAAAGGUGAGUGUUUAAUCCCUUCCACUCCCCAGAGCCAGGCAGGAGGGGGUCCCUGAGGGUGGGGGCACCCUCAGGGCACUAUAGUGCCAGGAAAACGAGUAUGUUUUCCUGGCACUAUAGUGGUCCUUUAAAUACACCUGUCACAAUAGGCCCCUCUUACGAUUGGCAUCGACCUCUGUGCCAUUACCAACGUUGCCCUAAAAAUAUUUUUUAUUUUAUAUAUUUUUUUGCAAUUCUUUAUUUUAGUCAUGCAAGAAAGUAACAUAGCUGGUCCUGCAAUGCGGCAACAGCACGUGCAAGUACAGUAUUAAACAUAACAUAUAUAACAUAACAGUUGGUCAGCAUUUUGAGUAGACUGCACAUUUUAGUCAUAUAUAAAAGAUUAAAACAACAGUAUAGAUAAGAGUAUAGCAUGCUGCGUGAUAUGUGUCUGUUGUGAGCUAGUGAGCAAGUUAAGUGUUCAUUUCAUCGGGACAUGUUACUUAACCAUUAAGAUGAGUGUGAAAGUUAGGUUGAUAAAUUCACAUGAGGAAAGAGAGCAGCAUCAUUUUUACAACAUAUGUUGAAUAUAACUAGGCUAGGCUAGCAACACAGUGGAUAUAAUGAUACAUAGGAUAAAGCCUGUGCACUUUGAAUUAGCUUAGCUUUGUAUACUGUAUAGAUAUUGAGACAGUCAUUUUAGCAUGUAGUAGGUAUUCAUUUGCAGGAGCCAUCUCCUAUAGUGAGUAAACAGGUCAGUCUUCAAGCUAGUCUUCACCCUAUGCCUUUUCUGCAGGGUCUCUGGAGCCAUGUGUGUAAGUCCAUCAGGGUCUGGACCAGAUUGGUGUCGAUUACGUAGCUCACUGAGUGCUACUUAGGGUACCUUCCGUGCUGUCGCAGUGUCCCUUCUCCGAUUGGGAAGUAGAAAGGGAAUCUCGCUGCAGUGGCGUGUACCUUUGCCCAGUGUCGGGUAGCUACUCGUCUUGCAGGUGUGCUGGCGUGUACUCGGGCUGUGGGUGGUCGGCGGCCUGGUGCACAUGUCUGUCCUCUCCUCUGCUUGAGUGUCGGUAAUCCCGCCUGGUAUUUCUUGUGUUUUGCGGCAGAGGGGUGUUUGUUGAGAUGCCGCCGGCCUGGAGCUCUUGCCGUUGGAGGGAGCUGAGUGCUCGGGGGCCACUUGCGUGGUGAGUUACAGCCCGGCUUCUGCGAGGAGGGUGCUUGCAGUCUGCAGUUUAUUUUGUCCAGAAGUCCUCAAAGAUUCUGUCAAGUGUGGUUGCUUGCAAGGUCUGUGUUCUGGGUUGUGCUGUGCACAUGGCGUCUGCCAUCUUGGUUAGAUCGCUGUGUUUCCUGCUUUGGGAGGCCACCGUGCGGUUGUGCCUGUCUCCACAGGGAUGCCUCCUAGACUGGGAUAUCCCCCACCAGCCCAGCGUUUCUGACGCUUUCUGGGUGCUCUCCGGAUUGUGUCCGCAUACGGUUCGUUAUUUUCACUUAUAUUGAACUCAGUUACCGCUAGAGAAAGUGAGCUGUCGUUGCGGUUAUUGGUCAUAGAGUUUUUGGGCAGAAAUCUGCAAUUUAGUGCCGAAAAAUCCAGAGCUCAUGCGAGACACGUCUGCCCGGCAUGGCAGUCAGGCCCUGCCCCUGUUUAUUUCAGAUUUUACUGCACAGCGUGCUAGCAGCUCAGUGUAAAAAGUGAAAUGAUAGUUUUGUUGUUAUCACAGUUUAUCACAGUCUCUCUCUGUCUGUCUGUGAGAUAUGUGAUGCUGUUUUGGAGGUGGGAGCACAAGGGUGUUUUUUACUAGACAGAAAUCUAACAAAAGUAAUCUAUUCUUACAUUUCUAAAGAACCACUCUACCCCCAUUUCAAGCCUCCUUAUCAAGCUACGGAGAGCUACUGUAAAAUGGGUGUUUUUUUUUACUAAACAAGUAUACAGAUUUAAUCAAGUUGCAAAAUAUCAAAAAACUAAAUGCUGAGUUUUAUCCCUUAAGUUGUGUUAUGACAAGUGCACGACCCGGUUACUCAAUUAUGUCAAAAAUAAAAUAAUAAUUUCAAAAUAAUAUCUUGAUCUUUUGAUCAAGAUAUUUCAAGUGUCCGUAUGACACAUUUAACAGUUCAGUGGGUACACCCUGAGAUGUUAUGUCUUUAUGACCACUCAGCAGUGGUUGAGGAUAGAUUUGGAAAUCAAAAGUCAUUAAGUCAAACAUACAGCGUCCCCAGUGAUUGCUGCACCUUUCCAUUGGAAGGACUUUUAGUAACUACUUCUAAUGCAGGGGUACCCAAAAAGUAGAUUCACAGAUGUUAUAGAACUACAGCUCCCAGUAUGCUUUGCAUUCCUUUAGAAUGACAAAACAUCCAGAGAUCUACCUUUCCAGCACCCCUAUUCUAUUGAACCUUUUUGCCCUCGCUUAUUGUAAUAGAGAAUUUUAAACUUUAUGCCAAAAUUUAAAACUUAUCUGAGGCAGAAAAGUUUGCCAGUUCAGUUAUUAUGGCAUAAAACUUACAAAUUCAAUAAUUUGAAAUACUAUAAAAGGACAUUGACCAAGUUGGAACUGGAGUAUAGCAUAUCCCACUGACGUCCUGUCCCAUAGGUCAGUUCACAUUCACAAUAGGCUCUCUUGACAUUAAAACAAAGAUCCAUUGAAUGUAUCGCAAUUUAAUGACACUUUAUAAUUAUCUUGGUUUUGCAAUUAUUGACUUACAUUUUCUUGAUGUAGAUUUCUUGUGGAAUUGGAUGGAUCCUCAGGAAACAUGCUAUGACGAGAGUGAAACUGGACAGCUGACAAGCCUUCAGAACGUCCAAGAGUCGUACAUUCAGGGACCGUAUUCCCACUACUUCCCAGAUGCCAACAUCCAGACUUUGAAUGGGAUGGUUCCCUGUCAAACGCAGUGCCCUCUUCCAGAGGACUUUUGUGGAACAGAGGUGAGAAAAUACAAUGAGCUAUCAAAUUCUGAUCCCAUACACUUUAAAUAGUUAAAGAACAAACCAUUCCAUUGGUUAUACAGUGCUCGAAAAUUCAAGUCCUGACCAACUAGACAGGUCUAAAAGUUACUCCACUGCAAAGGUGUACAGAAGAUGCCUUGAGUCAAUAACUACCAGAUUUGUUUAAUACAAUUCAUAAAAAUUUAUAUUUUGCAUAGAAGUGGUCCAAUAAACCUUACUAUGGAACAAGAAAACCACAAUUUUCAAACAUGGCAUAGCUUUAUUGCAUAUAUGCACAUAAGAAAACAGUAAACCAAAUUUGUUAUAACCUUUGAAAGUAAGGUAAAAAAUAGCAAAUGGUCCAGGCACUCCAAGAUACAAAAAGGCAACUUUAUUGAACCCACUGAGUGGCAGUGAGUUCAAUACAUUUGCCUUUUUUGUAUCUUGGAGUGCCUGGAACGUUUUCUGGUUUUUCCUUAUCAAUUGCUUGGUUCCUGGUACUGGAACUGGCCUGGUUGCACACAGAUACAUACUAUUUGGGAUUGCGUGCAGUUCCACACCCUUGUUUUGGUCAAACCUUUGAGGGCAAGUCUUUUUUUCAGUUUACAAGUAAGCUAUUGUAUCUGUAGGAGGGAAAUAUUUAAAUGCAUAUAGCAAAUUCAAACAAAUAUUUGAUAUAUUCAUUCAUUAUACAACGAUCACCAUAACAACCUAAUUCAAACAUACAAAUGCACAUAGCAACAGCUAAAAUGCAAAAAAGUGAAGUGAAUUAACUGUCUUGAAGAGACACAAAUUAAUGCAAAAGCAGUUUAAUUUGUAUUCAAUUUGAAUUCCGUCAUUAUUAGCCUUACCCAGAGGAUACGGCACACAUAAUCAUAUUUCACAGAUAUGUGUAAUAAAUUAAUGUAAAAAAAAAAAAAAAUACUCAAAGAGACAUUCACGUCAUCUUUGGGAUGAUAUUGUAAGAAAGAAAAUAAGUUUGAUUACAAUGGCGCUGUCAUCUGAAAAUGUAUUUCUGUAUAUUAUUUUAAAACGAUAAUGUAUAUAGAAUUGUAUUUUUUGGUUUGGCUAAAUUAUACAUGUCUGUUUGUCCACCCAUUGUAAAGCGCUGUGGAAUUUGAUGGCGCUAUAUAAACAACAUAAUAAUAAUAAUAAUACAUUUAGCUUAAAUUACCGAUUUAAGGCAGUAUUUCAGGAAGUCGACUGUUAGUUGCGUUACAUUUUUACAACUUCAGGUAACAUUUACUGUUAAAAAAAAAAAAAAAAACCUACAGAGAACACAUACAUAGACUCUUACAGAUAACAAAGACACUUUUAUUUAACAAAAAAAAGAAAAAAAACAAACAAAAAAGAUAAGCUGCCUUACAAAACAAAUUGGACUAAAGCCUAAACGUAUAUGAGAUGUUAUAUGCAAAUAGCUUACUCAAGGAUGGUGUUUGUGUGAUACCCAGACACUCACACGAAUGCUAAUUUGCCUGAAAUGUAAUACUUUUUAUUUUAUAAAAUACGUGUCUUCUGUUAUGUGAUCUUUCUCACUAAAUAAUUAAUGUGCGCCACUGCUAGCAAUCCCAUUUGUCACUUUGAGGAUUAAAGACUGUGCUAUUCUAACAGGCUUAGUUACUCAAGGGAAAAGUCAAAGUGGAUUUCAAAUUCAAGGUGACAAUAGCCGAAAUGCUUUCAGGUUGUUUUCGAUUCGGUUACUCUGUCCUGAAAUUUGAAAUUCACUAUGAAUUCUCACUUUAGUAAAUAACUGAUCACAGAUUCCGAGCUCAUGAGAUAGCUCAGUUGGUUACUACACCACCUAUCAUACCUGUUUAAAUCUUAAUGAUCCCUGAUUUGAUACUGGACAGGGUCUAAUGAACUUUAAUCCCAAUAAGAAUGAGCAAAUGAGUGACAGUGUAGUACUGAUAUUCUACAUCCAAGGAUGUAGCUGAAAAUAAGAAAAACUCUUACAGAUCUGCAUUGAUAAAAUGGACUUCUGUCAGUACAAUCCACAUAAGUGGUCAGUCCUAAAGGCCUUGCUGACUGCAUUGGGAACAACUGAUCCACACAUGGCCAUUGUGCAGAUAGCUCAUUAUUCCACUAGGGGGCAUACUCCACCAGAAGGAAACUUUUCAUUGUAAUGUUUUAUAAGCUAUAAAUUCCUGGUAAUUUGUAUAACUGUUGUAAUGAAUAAACAUAUCUAUAUGGGCAUUUGGGUCAUAGUAUUUAUAGUUAUGUAUUUUAUAUUGGGGAGUUAUAUAUAUGAUAAAUGGGAUACAAGAAGUUGUAGGUUAUUGGAGUUUAAUAACCUUAUCCCAACGGGUGAACAAUUCUUAGAUCAAAUGUAAAUGUGAAGGGACCUUGACAGUUGUAUUUUUCAACUCGCAACUUAAAGACCUGUAAGUGAUCAUAAUGACUUUCAUCUUGCAGUUUACCACCUACCUUCAAUACCAAUCCACAUGCAAUCUGCCAAGUCCCUCUCAGUCAGAAGAGGAGGAAUAUCAUAACAUGAACAGCCCUGAUCUGGAGGUGUCGGACAGUGAAUCUGAUGAGAACUUUCCUCGAGGAGAGUCCCCAGGAUAUGACCCAGGUAUUGCCACAAAAAUUAAUAAAGGCCACGCUUACAGAGAUUUCAUUGUCGUCUUUCUGCUGUAGAAUACUAACAGCUAAACUACAUCUCCCAGAAACCAUCAUUAGCAGUAAAGUUUAUGCUAAAUAAGGAAACACAACAUGUUGGGAUUGAGAGGUUAAAAAUUUCCUCUCGCCCACUAGCCUUUGAUGAGUGAAAACUAGCACUAACACUGCCAGACUUUGAACAUGGCUUGGAAUUUUGAGCCUAACAAACAUAACAGACAACCAAGCUGGUAAAGUGAUCACGUACAUGCUUAUCUGAUUGGCCAUUGCUAAAUGAUGAUCACUUCAGCCAUUUAUUGCUCGCUGUAUUGCGUACAACGUUAUAUAGCAGUGACAUAAAUCACAGGAAAUAAUUUGUAGUAUAGAAGUGCUCAUAAAUCACUAUUAUAUAUUGGAGUCAUAAAGCGAUACAGCAAAAUUGCUCUAUCGGAAUGUGUCCAAGUUCUAAUGAAAAUUUCAAGAGUAAGGUGACCGAUAAAUUCGUAGCAUAAUUUAUAGCUCUCUAACUGUAGCUGCUAAUUAUCACAAGCUUUUGACAACAUUUGGACUUGGGAACACUCAAAAUGGCCAAACCUGCACCCAUCGUUAAAAAGCGCACUCCCCCAGUCACCCACAUUUUACGCGAAAUGUGUAAGAUAGUUUAUAGUUAAUUGUGCUGUUUUUGUAACAAUAUUUUCUUCAUUAAAAAAAAAAAUGCUAGUUUUUUUUUUUUUAAGUUCACCACCUUGCACCCAACACGUUGACUUUCCCAUUAAGCACGUCUGUGCAAAUAUUUACAGAUUAGCUCAGCUCUACCAUAGAAAGUUAAGGGAACAUACUAAAAGUUUGAGCUAUUACUGGUUUAGUGAGAGCUCCAUUUAUUUACAACAUACUAAAUCAAUUCCUUACAUUUUUUUGUCAAAAGGUGUACGAAAGAAGGUCCGCCUGUACAAAUUCCUCUUGGAGCUCUUGCAGAAUGGAGACAUGAGAGAUUGUAUCUGGUGGCUUGAUCGCGAGAGGGGGACAUUCCAGUUUUCAUCAAAGUACAAAGAGUUACUUGCUCAUCGAUGGGGUCAACAGAAAGGCAACCGCAAAAAGAUGACCUACCAGAAGAUGGCUCGUGCCCUUCGUAAUUACGGAAAAACUGGAGAGAUACGCAAAGUAAAGAAGAAGUUAACAUACCAGUUUGAUAGUGUGCUUUUGGGAGAGAGAAAGGUGGAGUCUUCAUUGCACCCGAUCUCGUAAACAAUACCUACCCAAUCCUGUUGAUAUGGGAAACAAAAGACAAUACAGGGUCCCCAUUUAACCACUUUUUAAAGUUUUUAUUUCCAGUUGUGGGUCAGAAAGGGGUUGACAUUGGAGAUUUCUAAUAAACUUUGACUAAUGACUUUCGAGCUUACACCUAAAGUUGAAACGGAAGGUUCUGCUCCAAAGAAGAGUAUCAUCAUUUCUUGAAAUGGUCAAGGCAAUAACCCAUUCCACAUGAAUCUUCUUGAUCUGAGGGACUCGACCCAUGUAAAUAAAAUGGAAAGAUAAUUUUUCAGGAGGUAGAAGAAUUGUUUAGUGAUCAGUCAGGGAAAUGAAAGGUUACAAAACAUCUAGGAGUAAUAUCAUAGGAUCUUCACUGUCAAAAGCUGUAGGACAACGCUCAAGAAUGUCACAUUAAAUUGGUUUUUAGCUAGAUGCCUACUUGGGUGGAUGGCCAAUGCUAUACUGCUUAGAUCCUGAUAAGCCUUUGAAAUUGAAUCUGUUUCACAUUUUUUUUGCAUUUUCCUUGUUGCUUUCAUUUUAGUUUUCUUCCAUAUUGGAUAGAAAUCAAAUCACCAGAUAUAUUAACAGUCAUAUUGAAUUGAAUAAUCCUUCUCAAUUUGGCUGCACUAUAAGAGUUUACUUUUAGAGAAACUAAAGGUUUCUAGAGGUUAGUCUUUAUAAGAACCCUAAUGUACUUUCAGAUGUAUUCAAAUAAUUGCAAUCAACAAAGCCAUUCUGUAAGAAUUAAACUACUCAACACAAUGCGCGUGUAAAAAGAAAAUUGAUUCAAACCAGUUUUAACCAAUAACGUUUAUAUUUGAUAAAUGAAAAAUUACAAGGAGUGUUCGCUAUCAAAUGCAGUCAAUCAUUUGUCAAUCAAGAUUAAAGUGUAUAUUGAAUAAUUUAAAGGCUUAAUCCAGCAAUGUAUAGCAUCAGAUUUAUUUAAUUAUAGCUUUAUGGAAAAGUACCUUUUUACUAUUCUCUCAUCUAUGUGGAAUCAAAUUCAUUGCAUUUUUUCAGAAUCAACCCCAAUGCUAUUUCUGUCAAAUACAAAAUUUCAAGAAAAAGGGAUAUCAUGGUGCGUUAUACCCUUUUAACAUUAAAGAAUAAAGCUUUACCGGAUAUUUGCACAUAAAGAGCUCGAUUCUAGAGAACUUCUGUUCAGUUACAAGAGUUAAAAUGUAUCACUUGCGAUAUAAUUUAACCUUCAAACCGUUAUACAAUACCAUCAGUUCAACAAGUUGCAGAAUAUAAAUACUUAUAAACACAUAGGUGAGAGCUUGGCUGUAGGUACUGGUUCAAAUGAUUACCCUUUCAUGUACUUGUGAGGACAGGUUUGGGGUAGGUCUUGCAAAAAUGGUGUGUCAAAAACCACACAUACAAAAAUAUAUAUAUUUUUUAAAAACGACAGAACCAGCAGUUAAGCAGUUGAGUGCAGGCUGAGAUAAACAUCACAGUAUCUGAAAUGGAGUCUUAGCAAUCACUUGACAAACCUGUAGCCCGUGGCUUAAACCUGACCUGCUGAUUGGAAUACAUUUGCACCAACAAAAUGUUGAUUAGCAAAAACAAAACAAAAAAAGUGAUUUCACUACCGUCUGUCCAAGCAGAGCACACUUUUGAUGUAUAUAUUUUUUUUGUGUUUGCUUUUGAAGAGGAUGUUAAUAUAAUAUAAAUAGUUGUAAAUUGAUGUGGUGUCUGUUUUUAUCAAAAUAAAGUGAGUGAAUAAUGGCUGCUUUCGAGAACCAAUGCUGUUAAAUCGUUUGUUGUAUUCGUUGGAUCUAGGGUAACGUUAACAAAUACAUAUUAAAAUGUAAUGAACAUUUCAAAAAUAAAAAAAAACAUACAAACAAAAAUCUUACGUUCAGCUGAUUGAAGAGAAACUGCCGUACCUUUUCUUUUAUUGUGGUGUUAAAUAUAUCUCUAUUUGGAUUUACGGUUUCUGUACUGAGGAUGCUCCCAAAUAGAAUUGGAGGGAUGCAAAAUCCCUCGGAAAUUGAUUUAAUGCUGGUCUUAUUAAAGGGUGCAACUAAAAACAUUUUUUUUCUUUGUCUGAUGUGGUAGACAUAGAGAAAAUAUUGUUAUUAUCAAAGUGGAAUGGUCCGUGUCAAAAUAAUAGCAGAGUCAACAGCAAAGGUGCAGAAUCAUCA